AAUGAAUCUGUAAUAUUCAGGCUUCCCCUUUCGUGGCGUCGCAAAAUCGACUCGCGGCAAUUCAAGAACACAAUCAAACCAAACCUGUACACCUAUACCUAUAAAUAUAGCACAGUGUAAAGAUACAAAUUUCAUGCAGAUAGAGACACGGUUUGAGUUCUGAGGAGUGGAGGGUUUUUCUUUUUCUUUUUUCUUUUUUUAUUUAGAAUUUAGAAUUUAGAAUUAGAAGCGUGGGGGCAAUUGUGAAUUGUCUCCUUCACCGAAUUUUACGUUCUCAUUUUUUUCUUCUUUGAUAUUAAUACUACCAGAUUUAACAACACAUAUACAUAUAGAUUCUAUAUAUAUUAUCCGAUUUUCUCUCUCUAACCCCCUUUCUCCUCCUCCCCCCUCUCUCUCUCUCUAGAUUUUCCAUGUAGUCCAAUACCAGUCGUAUUUCUCCGCCGCAGAUGCCUUAUCAAAAACCCUAGGCUCUGUUUUGGGGAUAAUUAGGUAUAUAAUUUUGGUUGUUAUUUGUUAUGGGUUCUUGCGGAGGUACAAACAGCCCUGUUACGAUAAUGGAGCAACGUUGGAGCUUGUUGUCUAGCCCUGAUCCUAUGUCAAUUAGCGAGGACCGUUGGCUUCUUGCUGAAGAAACCAUUCAGGAAGUGGUGAAUUGUAUUCACCCAACUCUUGACACUGAGGAAAAGAGAAAAGAUGUGAUUGAUUACGUGCAAAGACUCAUUCGAUGUUCCCUUGGUUGUGAGGUUUUUCCAUAUGGAUCUGUACCAUUGAAGACGUACCUUCCUGAUGGUGACAUCGAUUUGACUGCACUGAGCAGUAAUUAUGGUGAAGAGGCAUUGGCCCGUGAUGUUCUUGCUGUUCUACAGGAAGAGGAAAAUAGAGAAAAUGCUGAGUUUGAUGUCAAGGAUGCCCAAUUCAUUGAUGCUGAGGUAAAGCUCGUGAAAUGCCUUGUACAGAAUACUGUGAUUGACAUAUCCUUUAAUCAGCUAGGAGGACUCUGUUCCCUUUGUUUCCUUGAGCAGAUAGACCGUUUUGUUGGUAAAAAUCAUCUUUUCAAGCGAAGCAUUAUUUUGGCAAAGGCUUGGUGCUAUUAUGAAAGCCGUAUUCUUGGUGCACACCACGGGCUGAUUUCCACAUAUGCUUUGGAAAUUCUGGUCUUAUAUAUAUUUCAUAUGUUCCAUUCAUCAUUAAGUGGUCCUUUAGAGGUUCUCUACCGAUUUUUGGAUUAUUACAGCAAAUUUGAUUGGGACAUCUAUUGUGUCAGUUUGAAUGGUCCAGUUCGCAAAGCAUCCCUUCCUGACAUAGUGGUUGAUAUGCCAGAUAAUGUAAGGAACAAUGUGUUGCUUAGUGAGGAGUUCUUGAGAAACUGUAUGGAAAUGUUCUCAGUUCCAUCCAGAGACGUUGAGAUGAACACACGAGCAUUUCAACAAAAAUAUCUAAAUAUAAUUGACCCCUUGAAAGAAAAUAAUAACCUGGGGCGCAGUGUCCACAGAGGUAGUUUCCAUCGAAUACGUAGGGCUUUUAAGUAUGGGGCCUGCAAGCUUGGGCGCAUUCUUUUGUCACCAUCUGAUAAAGUUGCCAAUGAGAUCAAGAAGUUCUUUGCAAACACCCUUGAGAGGCAUGGAUGCAAACAUUUUGCUCAUUUACAGAAUUCUGGCCCAAAUUUUGAUGAUGAAGGCACAUUUUCUUCAUUGUUCCCUGCUGAAUUUUAUUGUGAGGAUGACAUUCUGCUCAAAUUUUCAGAGGGUGAUUUGGAGAAUGAUAAUGUGGAAAUGGUUUAUAAAUAUUCAAUACCAAGAUCUGCACUGGAGAGUAACUCGAUGAAUGGGGUUUUGUCAUGUAUGGUGUCAGGACAUGGCUACUUUUUAGAUGGGCAAGCAGUAUCAGGACUUUGUCUAUCUAGAGAUGGAAAUGAUCUUGCAGCUUGUAUUUCUGCAAAUCUGAAUGUUAUGAAUGGUACAUCUGAGUGUUCAGGUACAGGAAAUAACAUCAGUUCUCCUUCUGGGAAGCAAUACAGCACUACUUAUUGUAACUUCAGUGAACCAAGUGCUGGACAUGGGAACUGUGGGCCUGGAAGUUUGUGCCAGAGUGACUUAUCUGAUUGUAUUGAUGAGAAGUUGGGCUCUGAUUUUUGGGUAGAAACCAGAGAUAACCCUCUGGAGAGCAGCAGCAUAUACCAGUCAGGUACAGAGUAUAGCGAGGACAUCUGGUCUGGUGGUUCAGCAAUCUCGAGCCCAAAGACCAGCAUUUUAGAAAGUUUAUCCCUUGAUAUACGAGAAAAGGACUCUGCUAGCUUGGCUGGAGAUAUGGAAGCUAUAAAUCCUUUAGGCGACCUAAAUGGGGACUAUGAUAGCCAUAUACGCAGUUUGCUUUAUGGACAAUGUUGCCAUGGGUUUUCUUUGUCAGCACCUGCACUGUCCAAUUAUCCAUCGUCACCAUCUUGGUUUCAAAGUGAAAACUUCUGGCAUACUGUCCAACAAUCAAUGCCGCAGAGACAUCAACCUUUCUCGCAAAUGAAUAUGAAUAAUAUGCUUGUGUGUCCAACUGUUCAACUUUCUUGUUACUCUCUACCAUCUACUGCUAUGUUAAGUUCCGAAGUGAAAGAAUCGGCACAGGGAACAGGCACUUACUCUCUGAAUACGAAUUAUUCUUGUCCGGAGAUACCUAAAGGAUGGGACCGGAAUCUGGCAUCCGGAACUUAUACUCAGUUGUACAUGUAUAAUAGCAACCACAUUAACGGUUGGGUUCCUGCUUUUUCUGAAACUAACUAUUCGGGAAAAUGCAUCCAAGAGGUUUCAGGUGUACAAUCUACUGUUCAAAGUCAUGGGGAGUUUGCUGUACCGGGCCAACCUCAUCAUAUUAAUGGUUGGGUUCCAUCUUUUUCUGACACUAACUCUUUGGGAAAAUGCACCCAAGAGGUUUCAGGUGUACAAUCUACUGUUCAAAGUCAUGGGGAGUUUGCUGUAUCGGGCCAACCUCAUCAUAUUAAUGGUUGGGUUCCUGCUUUUUCUGACAGUAACUCUUUGGGAAAAUGCACGCAAGAGGUUUCAGGUGUACUAUCUACUGUUCAAAGUCAUGGGGAAUUUGCUGUAUCAGGCCAACCUCAUCACAUUAAUGGUCGGGUUCCUACUUUUUCUGAGACUAACUCUUCGGGAAAAUGCACCCAAGAGGGUUCAGGUGUACAAUCCAUUGUUCAAGGUCAUGGGGAGUUUGCCAUAUCGGGCCAUUCUCAUCGCCAUAUUGAUAAUUCUCAUGCCAAUGAUUUCUCAAGAUCAUGUAGACUAGAAUUUGGAUCUGUGGGGAAGCUUACCAAGGAUGUGCUUACACACUCCUCGGACGAUGUGCUCCCGGUCCCGAGUGUCUCGCGCAGUGUGUCAUGUUCAAAACCAGCAUUGGGUAAAAAUGACAGGACUUCAGGUCAUUUAUUCCGCCUUAAGAAUGAAGAUGAGUUCCCUACUCUGUCCCUGUGAAAGUUGUAGACUGAUUUUCGACUUGUCUAGAGACUGAAUGGGAAUUUGUACCAUAGAUGUUAACAGAAACAGAGAUUCUAGGCAGACAGGAGAUAGAGACUGGGGAGAUAAAGUUAUAGAUACUAAAGCAGAGUAUGUCUUUUUGACUCUUUCUUGGCUUUAUUAAGUACAUUACUAAUUUUCUCGGUUGUUGUGCCAUAAUAUUUAUAUAAAUGUAAAAAAGGUAGGGGAAAAAAAGCUCAUUGUACAGUUCUUUUGGCAGUAUACCCUCACUGUGAAUGUGAUAAUUCCUGAUUAUCGCGUUCAGAGGUUCAGGACAGAUUGUAGCCGCUUGGCACUGUCUUCUUAGUUACUACAUCUUUUGGGAUAAUUCAUCAUCAAUCUUGUGGGUUUUGUGUGUUAUGUUGUGGAUAAUUCCAUGAUAUUGGAUAGAAUAUUUGAUAAAGAA